AAGCCGUUAAAGGAAGGAACAUCUGCAGGAAGACGCUGAGGCAGAGAGAAGAUAAAGGAUUCAGUGAGGCACCACGGUAUCCAAAAAGAACUCCAAGAUGAGACAACACUCAACAUGAGGAGAUAAGAUGGAAGCCAAGAAAAAGUUCUUGUCAACAGAAAGAGGAUGACAUAAGGUGCCAAUCCGAAUGAGCAGUUAAAAUGGUGGGAGGCCUGACAUUCACAGGAGCGUCAAAAACCAGUGUGGCUUCUAGAUCGAAUGCGGCUUCCAGAUCCAAUGUGGCUUCCAGAUCCAAUGUGGCUUCCAGAUCCAAUGUGGCUUCUAGAUCCAAUGUCUCUUCUAGAUCCAGUGUGGCAUCCAGAACAAGACUAAAACGCAGACGAAAACCACCACCUAGAAAGGGAAAAUAUGCUAUGGUUUUGCAGUACAUAACAGAGUGCUCUGUACCUUCCCUUGCUGCAACUACUGCGGUGGUGCUGUGCCUGGUCCUGUUUUGUGCUGCAGUUGGAGUAAUUAAUCUGUAUAUCUACGAGCAGAACAAAAUGCAGCUAGAAAAAAGAGCAAUGAAAACUAUCAGAGACUUUAUGAUAAAAAGGGAACCGUCCCUUCAGAACAAGAAUGAUUCUGAAAUAUUUCGUGGAGCUCAGAAGUUGGCAGAUGAAUUGGUUGCAUGGAACUUCAAAGUGUAUGAAGUACAACUUGCAAUUGAGGACCUUAUUAGAAAAUUUCGUCUAAAGUGGAUGCCACAUGCUGGGCUUCUCUAUUUGUUUGAAGUUCGAAGAAAGUCAUGGUUCGGUGCAAAAGAGUUUUGUGAGGAGGAAAAGUCCUGGCUGACAUUUGUUGAAGAUGUUCGUGUGGAGGAGUUUCUAGAAAAAGAAACAGAAUUUGCACAUGAAGAUUCCUGGAUUGGACUCCAUCAUGAGAAUGGACAAUGGAAAUGGCAUCAUGGCCCAAAUGUAGUAAACACUUAUUGGAUGCAUGGUCAGCCUGACAAAAUAAAAGAAGAACCCUGUGUCAUAUUAAAAUCACAUUGUUCCAGAACAACUAAAUGUUGGGAAAACAUUCCCUGCAAUGUAGAAAAACGGUGGAUAUGUAAGAAGAUGCCUGAUCAAAGAUGGUAUACGGUAAAACCUUGAGAAAACUGGAUUCUGUGGUCUCUAUGCUAAAAGCAAUGGAUCAGUCUCCCCCUUAAAAAAAUCAGCAAUCCAGAUUAUGGAAUUGGGGCAUGGAAGAGCUCAACUCUCUGCCAUCAAGAGCUGAAAGCACCUUAGCAGUCCUGUUUCCUCAAGACUGGAAAAAGAGACCUUAAUUUGCAACCUCAAAGAUUUGAACCUCCAAGAAAAUGAAGCGUGGGAGAGUU